AAUUCAUUUGUUUUAUUGUCUUUGUCGCACUAUACAUAAAAUUUACUUCGUGAAUUUAGCAAUUAGAUAGAUGGUUUCCUUCUUCGCGAAACAUUUUCGAUAAAAGUGAUGCAAUUAUUGAUUAGUCCCUAUCUUAAUUGAAAAUACAGAUGGGGAUAAUGAAUUAUACCGACGGACAUAUUUAAUGGAAGUUGAGAACGGGCGCAUGAAUAACUUAUCGCGCGCGUCAUCCAUGCUGUGAAGCGGCGGCGGCGCAUGCAAAUCAGCGCGCGGCAUGCGGGUUGCGGCGACGACGUCGAUGGCAAGUUACCGCAUCGACCACAUGAUGUCACGUCACGUAUUGCUAUCGCGGCUAGCGGAACAGUUCCAGUCGACAUCUCCGCCGCCGGCACAGCGCUUUUCAUCUCCCACGCGCAGUCCCUCUCCCCACUCUCCUGUCUCCCCGCACUCUCCUCCACACUCUCCAGACUCCAUAUCUCACCACCGACUGGACUUGCUCCAACUGGGUGAUAUCGAAAUCGCAGGCAGAGCGCUCAAGCAAUACGCUAGAGCAACAGAGUUAGGAGCUCUAAUGUACUGCAGCGGGCUGGGAGCGCUGUACGGCGGGGCCGGCGUGUGGCCGUUGCUGAUGCCGAGGACAUCGCCGCAGUACGCCUUGCCGCCGCUCGACCACAUGAGGCAUACGCCGCCCAGAGAUGAUGACGAGGAAGAGCUACCACUGAAUCUCUCCAUGAAAAACCGCCAAAUUUGGUCGCCGGGCAGCACCUGCGAACGCGAAAAGGGAGAAAUAGGGGAAGAAUCACCGAACUAUCGAUGGGAGAGUAGAGAUGAUAAUGAGACUCCGUUAGAGUUAGUGAAGAGAUGUCGCAGCAGCCCCGACGAGUCAGAGAGAGCAGUGAGUGCCGAACGCCGCUGCCCCUCGGCGCCCGACCCCGCUUUCCCACCGCCAGCGCUAUCCGGGGACAUCAACUUCACCCUGCUACUCAAAAACGAGAACAGAAGCGAAAAAUCAUUCCAGUGCAAGCAGUGUGGAAAAUGCUUCAAGCGAUCGAGCACGCUGUCAACUCACCUCCUGAUCCACUCGGAUACUCGGCCGUAUCCAUGCCAGUACUGCGGGAAACGCUUCCACCAGAAGUCCGAUAUGAAGAAGCACACAUAUAUACACACAGGCGAGAAACCGCACAAGUGCGUCGUGUGUUCCAAAGCGUUCAGCCAGAGUUCGAAUCUGAUCACUCAUAUGCGCAAGCACACCGGCUACAAACCUUUUUCAUGCGGACUCUGUGAUAAGGCGUUCCAGCGCAAAGUCGACUUGCGCCGCCACAGGGACUCUCAACACGCGGACUCCGCUGACCCACCACAAGCACCAACAAGAUACAGAUACUACGAAGACUCCCCUACUCCGCUAACCCCACUCAUCAGUAACUGAAUUCUAUUGUUUUAAAGUACGUGUUUUGAAUAACUACGUAUUUUCAUUGCCGAAGCAACUGUGUGAUGAUAAAGUUUGACAGGUGUUUCGGCAGAGAAAAUUCACGGUAAAUAUUUACUUAUGCACUAGUAUAAUAUAUUGGAGUGAUUAAAGAAAGUCAAUUGAAUGGGUUCUAUACGUCGU